GACCUAUAUAGUAGGGACACGACAUAUUGUUCUAUACGUACAAUUGCUUAUAUAAAUAGCACCCAUUUUGAAGGCACACACAUAAACAUAUAUCUAUCUCGUUCUUACUCAGCACUUUAACUCGCAGGAAAACAAUAUAACAGUAUUUCAGUGCGUACAUAAAAUGAAACAUGAAUAUACGUAAAUGUCUCCGUCUCCGUCUAAUGAGGUCGAAAAUCCGCCAUGUUUAGCGCACCAAAUGUCAUUGUCGCGUCAGUUCGGCCGUCUGUUUUGGGUUGUACAUUCUUUAUUGAAUUUGAUAUCGAUUUAAUAUGAUUGCUUAUAUAAAAUUUCUUAUUUUAUCAUGCUUAAAACAUACAAAAAUAAUAAUUAAAACAUAUUUUAUAGGAUCUCAAGAAAGUCGAUGCCCCAAAACUAUUAUCUAUAUAUAUAUUUAAAUUCAUUAUGGAGUCCCCAUCCGAAAAAUCGGACACCAUUUUUCGGUCGGAAUCUAUUGAUCAUGACACUAAUCAUAAAUACCUCUUUAAAAUAUGUCAUCAAAACAUAUUUAGACAGUCUGUUUAGAUAUUUCGGGAAAAAGGCUACCGACAAAAUCUCUUCGGAACUAUUUAAAUAAAAUAGUUUUAUUCCGCAGUGAGUAAAACACUAUUGUAAAUUCGUUAAAUAUUUAAUAAUUAAGUGAUUUUAGAGAGGAAGUCACAAGGAAUGACGUUUGUAAUUUUAUUAACGAACAAAUGUUCUGUAGGUGUUUUUUUUUUAUCAGGCGGUCCCUUGAUAAGUUUAAAAUUUGAAUCACUCAAGUGAGAGUGAUUCAAAUGGUGCGGCGCACCUUCCUUGAGGUGCGCUGCGGUAGUGUGUUACGGACUUUAGAGUCAGCAAAACAAUUAAAAUAGAUUGUAAUAGUCUAAGAAAAACACGUACUCAAAAUACGAUAACAUUCAGCAUGCUAGAAAUGGGCAGAUGGCACUGUACUACGCCAUAUCUUUAUGUUUUGCGGCAAACGACAACUUUAUAAAAUCAGUGUAGCAAAUUUUAAAAAUCGUCAUAUCGUUUAUUUGGCAAAUUUGAACUCGAACGAACGAAUUUUGCACGAACUCGUCUUAGAUUUCACAUAAUAUCUAAAUCACAUCAUCUUUGCACAUAACAAUAUACUUACUUCCUAUUAAAGUAUAAAUUCUACAAAUACAUUCAUACUCAACAAUAUUUAAAAUAAAAUGAGCCAAGAACAUUUAUCGAUAAAACCUACUAACAUUAAAAUCUUCUGGGCAGCACUAAAACCGCCAUGUUUUGUGGCCAGAUGACGUCACAGUGGCACGAAUUUUUUGUUGACGUUUCAUUUCCAUAGGUUUCCUACUUCAGUGAAAAUAAGCCAGUGUCGAUUUGACAUUGCUUCGAAAAGUACAAGUUGUGAUAUAGUUUUGACCUGGCUUUGGAUUUUAGAUAUUGAUGCUGCAGUACUGUUGACCCUUGCUCGUUAAUUUGGACUCUGUUUAUGAAAUGAAUGAAAUGCGUUUAUUUCAGGCAACUUAAGCCCAUAAACUUUCACAUACAAUUACAUAAUAUUUAAAUCAAAAUACAAUAAAAUUAAAAUUACAAUUUAUCAGAAUGAUUAAAAAUAAAAAUAAACAAAAAUGAAACCAAAUCAAAAUUAUUAAAAUUAAACUUGUCAACUACUAAUAUAAAAUUAAAAUUAAUAAAGGAACUAAUACAAUUUGGGGGGCUUAAACGACAAAGGGAAGAUCUUCCACCGAGCGGGUGAUAUUUGCUCGGUAGACCGACGGUCGGAAUGUUGUUGUUCGGAACUUGUAUAUAUGCGAGCUUAUCUUGAAAAUGUCGUAAGCGAGAUUCAGGCAUCUGUCAAUUAUCUUGCGUCGUAUGAUGGCUACCCGCCACAUCACUCCCCUCCGAGACCGGAGGUCGUGUCAUUUUAGUUAUUAGUUUAUUCAUUUUAGUUAUUAUUGUAUGAUGGCUACCCGCCACAUACAAUAAUAACCGUCAUGAUAAUCGCCUUAUCGUUGCCGCCGCUGAAUACUCCCCGAAUCCUGAUCACGCAGGAGCCAGUCACCGUCGACGCCCUAGACACGUCCUUACGGAUCCAUCAGAUCCAAUAACCUUUGCACUAGACGCCUUCAGCUCUAGGAGCAGGCUUAGGGACCUCGGUAACCGUACUCGUCGAACUCGACAAAGAGUUCGCCGUGCAACCUAACCCAUGAAUCAGCUCGCUGAGUUACUCGCCGGAUCUUCUCAGCGGGUCGCGAUUCCGAUCCGGUAGUAGACUGGCACAGAAGAAAAUAAAUUUUAUGUUUAUUUAAUUAAUAAUAACUUAACUAUAUUCACUUUCAUUCCAAUAUUCAUGGUGCAAAUAUAUUAAGUAAGCAUUUAUAUUUUUGUUUUAUGAAACUUUUUUAAUCAGUUGCUAAAAUUAUUCGAAGUCGUCGUGGCCUAAAGGAUAAGACGUCCGGUGCAUUUGUAUCGAGCGAUGCACCGGUGUUCGAAUCCCGCAGGCGGGUACCAAUUUUUCUAAUGAAAUACGUACUCAACAAAUGUUCACGGUUGACUUCCACGGUGAAGGAAUAACAUCGUGUAAUAAAAAUCAAACCCGCAAAAUUAUAAUUUGCGUAAUCACUGGUGGUAGGACCUCUUGUGAGUCCGCACGGGUAGGUACCACCGCCCCGCCUAUGUCUGCCGUGAAGCAGUAAUGCGUUUCGGUUUGAAGGGUGGGGCAGCCGUUGUGACUAUACUGAGAACUUAGAACUGUAUCUCAAGGUGUGUGGCGCAUUUACGUUGUAGAUGUCUAUGGGCUCCAGUGACCACUUAACACCAGGUGGGCUGUGAGCUCGUCCACACAUCAAAGCAAUAAAAAAUAAAUAAAAAAAUUAUAGAUUUCAUAAAAAAAAAUUGAAAUUGACACUUCACAUCACUAUUGUAAUAAAUAAUAUUUCAAAACGGCCAUCAGAGCGUGCCGAUAGUGUAGUUGACGCGGACGAGUAUUGUAUUUAUUAUGAGACUGAGAUUUUUUUAACAUUUUUGAAAGUACCUCUGCUCAAUAGUAAAACAUGUAAACUUUUAUUAUUCUACCAGAAUCUUCAAUCUCCAACUGAUCCCUACAACGUUCCAGUAAAUCACAAUUUGUCAUCGUGGGCUCACCUACUAUCGGUAGGUACUUGUAUCAGUUUAACGUCACAUCUCACUUGCGUAUCUAAUCUUGUUACAUUGUGUGUGUGUGUCACCCAGCGAUCCGUUAGUCUAAUCUAAGCUAUCAAACAAAAGAGUUUUAAAAAUAAAAUAAUUGCUCGUUUGAUAAUACAACUUUUAGAACUGUAUUUGUCAAUGUGUAUUUGUGUUCGCCUUCUUAGUUAUAGAAUAUUAUGUUAACGUGAGAUCCGUACCAGCAAGCGCAAGAGUGGACAUGAAAUGCUGGAUGAAACAGUAGUUCCAGAGAGCGAGUCUGACGUGAUGGUGCGGAGAGCGAGGAGACCUGGCAGUACAAUCGAGCUGUCAUUCUUCAUGACAACGCUGGGUUUGUCGCUUACCGGUGUCGCGAUAAGCAACUUAAUAUUAUACAGAACGUGUGUCCACGUGUUGCGGCACGGCCGGGCCGAGUGCUCGUCGUUCCUGGCGGUGGACAAGACUAACGACACGCAGUACUUAGAGAAGGAGGUGCAGAGGUACGCGAUCUUCGUGAACAGUACAAAGAGCGUGCUCGAGUCCCUGGCACCGGCCGUACUGAGUCUCUUCCUGGGCUCGUGGUCCGACCGACACGGAAGGAAGCCGCUCAUUGUGUGGCCUCUUUUUGGGAUCGCAACUACUUCAAUGUUGGUACUGAUAUAUAGUAUGGUUGAUGUGGGACCCUGGUGGUUCAUUCUGACGUCCGUACCAUACUCGCUGGCUGGCGGAGUGGCCACCCUGUCCACGGGGUCUUACUCCUACAUGAGUGACGUCACGAGCACUGAGAAACGAACCGCAAGAAUGUUCACGGUGCAGCUCGCAGCGUCAGGCGGCGUGGUGGCGGGCUCGCUGCUCAGUGCGCCGGUGCUGCGCGCGGUGGGCGCCGUGUACCUGCUGCUGGCCGGGGCCUCCGUCGCGGCCUUUACUUAUGCCUUCACGAAUGUGUUCUUGAAUGAAUCGUUAACAGGAGUCGUUCAGGGCAGCAUGACCUCGAUAAUGGACCUGCAGCUGGUGACAGACAUGAGCAGGGAGUGCUUCAGACGCCGCCCGAACAACGGCAGGGCUCAGGUGCUCGUCGUCGCAGCCGCCUCGAGCCUCUCCGCCUUCGUUACGUUUGGGAUCAUGAAUUUGGAAUACUUGUAUACCAGAGAGAAACUGCACUGGACCCUCAGCGAGUUUACCGUGUACUCGGCUGUAAACACUCUGUUGAGUUUCUUUGGAGGGCUCAUAGGAAUGUCGGUACUUCAGGGACUGUUCAAGAUCAGCGACUUGCCGCUGGCAGCUGUUGCAUUCGUCUCUGCUGCAGCGGAAUAUGUUGCGAAAACUUUAGCAGUUGAUUCAUGGCAUAUGUAUUUGGGUGCUAGUUUAGCCAUUUUCAAAGGUUUGUCAGCGUCGUUGCUCCGAUCUUUCGUGAGUAAGGUCCUCCCUGCCGAUGUGGUGACAAAGUUCCUUGCGUUGAUGUCCGCCGUGGAGAGCCUGUGCCCGCUGCUGGCGCCCCUGGUCUACAGCACCCUGUACGGAGCCACCGUGUCCACCGCGCCAGCCUCCGUCUACGUGCUCAGCACGGGAAUUAUUGUUUUUUGCAUUGUAUUAAUAGGAGUAGUUUUGUAUUUCCGAAGACAUGCUACGACACCUUAUGAAGUACUACAACCAGAGCCCUUCUGACCCUGUCGGUCGGACGUCGCACCAUUGUAACAGCCCUAUUCAUUAUAAUACAUAUUAUGUAUAUUACUAUCCGCUCGAUAAGUAGAUCUGUAAGAUCCGUUUGAUUAUUACUUUCGCAUUGUUGAACUUUAAUUAAAUUCAUACAAAAAAGGCAACUUUAAUUCACUGGGGAGUUUCUUUCUACGGAGCACGUAGAGGUCACAGUCUGAAGUAUGCUUUGCUCAAGGGUACUUUUUUGUAUUGCUCAGAUGGAUGGACGAUCUCACGGCCCAUCUGCUGUUAAUUGGUUACCGGAGCCCAUAGUCAUUUUCAACGUAAAUGCCGCCACCCAGUUCGAGACAUAAGUUCUAAGGUCUCUGUUUUACAGUACCUAGUCAGGUCAUAAAUUCUGUCACAUGUUUAAUGUAAAAUAAUUGAAACAAGUUUAUUCAUUAUGUAAUGUAUGUGCUGUUUAAUCACGAUAACGCACCCGCGCACAGAUCGGCAGUUGCGAUGGCUGCCAUUCAGCAAGCUGGCUUCGCAUUGAUUGAGCAACCCCUUGUAUUCACCAGAUCUGACGCCUAGCGAAUUUUAUCUGUUCCCCAAAUUGAAAGAUUAUUUAAGGGGAGACAGGUAGGAAGACGAUAACGAGGUAUAACGGAUGCCGUGGAGAGCUUUUGCAGGACCAAGACAAAACUUUUUUUUUUAAAGGGAUCGAAACCUUGGAAAAGCGCUGGACUCGCUGUGUAGAGAGGAGACUCGGAGACUAUGUAGAAAAAUAAAUUAUUAAGUUAUCAAUAGUCAUUAUAUUCUAUCUCAUUCUCACAAAAUUUGGAUCCCCCCCUAGUAGAGUCUUGUUACGUUCGAUCAGUAGUACUAUUAUUGAUCGAAGCUUGUUACACUCUUCUGGAAUCAACCUAUUUUUACGAACACGACUUUAGUCAUGAAAGUAUUAGGAUUGUUUUAUUUAAAUUAUUGUACUAUAUCUAUACCUAGUCAGGUCAUAAAUUCUGUCACAUGUUUAAUGUAAAAUAAUUGAAACAAGUUUAUUCAUUAUGUAACCAUUCAUAUACCAAAAUGAACUUAACAAAACAUAGAUUCUUAUGACACUAAAGUUUAUUCAAAAUGACCUCCGUGAUUUUGAAUACAGGCCUUCAAUCUGCGCGGCCAGUCGUCUAUCGCAGCACGAACGAGGUCCAUGUCAAUAUCGGCGGCUGCCUUAAUCAAGGAUGUCUUGAGUGACUCCAAAUUGGGAUGAGGCUUUGAGCACGCCUUUUCCUCCAACUGUUGCCAUAUCUUGUAAUCUAACGGAUUCAAAUCUGGACUGGAGGAGGGCCAGUCUUCGUGCCGGAUGAAGUCGAUUUCACGCGCCGCCAGCCAGUCUUGUGUGCUCUUCGCUCUAUGAGCUGGCGCCGAAUCUUGUUGGAAUACCCAGUGCCUGUUAUUGAACAUGGUAUGAGAAACAGGUUCCACAAGGUUCGUCAGGACUGUAUUUUGAUACAUAACUGUAUUCGUUUUUACACCUUUCUCACAAAAAUGUACCUCUGUUAAGCCCCAAUAAGAAACCCCCAACCAUACCAUGAGCGAGGAUGGAAAAUGACCUCAUUGGACACGCGGAAUACGGUUGCUCGCUUCUUUACUACUGUGUGCGUACACCUUAUCAUUUUGUUUGUUGUAGCUCUCUUCUACGGUAAAAAUUUUUUCAUCCGAAAAAAGAAUUUCUCGAUAUUUUUUUCUCGCGUACCGCUUCAACAAAGCGCGGCAUCUCUUCAGUCUCAGGUCCAUUAGACGAGCAUUCAAACGAUGUCCUGUUUUUCUUCGAUAUGCCCGAAGCCCUAAGUCUUCAUUUAACACCCUUUUCACCGUGGUUCUGCUUAACCCCAUCUGAAGGGCCAACAGUUUCUGCUUACGUUUGGGAUUUCUUUGAAUUCGCGCCUUCACAGCUUUUAUCACUGCUGGAGUCCUAACAGACCGAGGGCGACCACUUCUUGACCUGUCAUCUACACUAGAGUCUUCAUUGUAUCGUUUGAUGGUACGAUAAACGAAUCUUUUGGUUAUAUUCAAAUUUUUCAGUAUGUUAAAAAUUUGAAUUGGCGCGUAACCGCAACGAUGCAACGCAAUAACUGCAACACGGUCUUCUUUAAGCGUCCACUCCAUAUUUAAAAAUGAGUAAAAUUUUAAAUGUAUACAUUUUUAUUUUCAUGAACAAUUCGAAAUUCGAAUUCAAUAAACUUUUUUGUGGCCAGCAUUCUAAAAGAAAAGUUUUUACUGUGUGACAAUACUUAUGACCUGACUAGUUAUAACAGCUGUCCCAGCCUUCAAACUGAAACGCUUUACUGCUUCAUGGCAGAAAAAGGAAGGGUGUUGGUACCUACCUGUGCGGACUCACAAGAAGUCUUACCACCAGUAAUGAUGCAAGUUAUAGUUUAUGUGGGUUUGAUUUUUAUUACACGAUAUUAUUCCUCCACCGUAGAAGUCAAUCGUAAACAUUUGCUAAGUACGUAUUUCAUUAGAAAAAUGAGUAUCUGUUUGUGGGAUACGAGUGCACGUUUUAUCAUUUAGGCCACAAUGAAAAGAGUACAUUGAAAUAUAGCAAAUAUACCACCAACUGCGGUUAUAGGGUUACAGCUGUUACAAGGAUUGUUCGAAUCCCCUGUGAAGCGCGUCGACUGCACGCUUCAAAUACGCCGUGUGCUAUGGAUCUAAUAGCGUUCUUAUCUCUUAGAUGUCAUAUUGCCGAAAAUAGUAAAUUAAAUAUCCCGCCAGCUGUGUCCCACUCUAUACUCAUUUCCCAUCGAGCACCGUUCAGUCGGAAAUAUUCGAGGCCGCGGCCGUGGCUGCCAGCGCGCCGCGUCCACACGCUCCUGGUAGAAUACGACGGUGGCGUGCUGAGGUGAAACAAUCUUACAUGACAACGCUCAGUGUGACUGUUAAUCGAAAGAGACAACUAUCUCAUCAUUCGUAACUUUACUUCCUAGUUACUGUCUUCAGUGAUGAUGGCAUUGCGACUCAGUUCAGGGCAGCGAUCAUGUAGUCCGGCUUAAAGCAUAGACAGAACAGAGUCACCACCUCCCCCACUUCCCCCUCUGUAUUAGCUGAUAACCCAGCGGGCUAUUCCAGCUACGCCCGGACGGGCAUACCUUAGGUGUAUCGGCGGGCUGCCGUCCGUGGGCUCCCGUAAAAAAACAACAUGCAUGUUGGUUCAUGGACCUGUGGGUAGUAAAUAAAAUCAACAAAAAGAAGUCAAUACUCAAAUUGUAAUAUCAUAAUGCAGUAGCAGACAGUGAGUCCAAUGAAGUCCAUGUAGAGGCCGAGGUCGACGGUGAACUCCGGCCAGAUGGUGACCGUCGGUGGAGCGACGGUAAUGUACUCGACCACGUCGUACACAGACCGACGGAGCUUCGAGUCUGGAAUGAUACAAACUAAGUAUAUGCGUGGAUUGCGUGGGUAGUGGCUUGGCGGUGUCCCUGGCAUUGCUAAUAUCCAUGACCGACAGUGACUACUUACCAUCAGGUGAGCCGUAAGCUCGACUGUCUACAAGGGCAAUUUUUUAAAUCAAUAAUAUAUAUUAUUAUUAGAAUCGUAAUUAGAAGCUGUUACCGGUAUAUUUGAGGAGUUGAUCCGCCAAGAUCAUUAUAAUCUGAUCUUUUUCAUUGUUCGCCAUCUCGAGUAGAGCCGGGGCAACACUGACUGCGGCCACCUCGAAUGAAGUCAUCAUCAUGUAAGUCAGUCUAGAGUUGUCUAUUGUCUGCAAUUAAAUUAAACCUUCAACAGUGCAGUAACCGGAUUCCGGAGGGAUCAAUUGUCAUUUUAAUUGUUUUAAUUAUUCAACCCGGAUUUAUUGUCUUAUCUGCUGCGUGUACAAUAAGGAUGGUUCAGUUUACUCCUGCCUGGCGACCGUCUCUCACAGUCGGUAGUAAUGUCUGUUACAUUACAUUCAGUCUACGGUUCAUUGUUAAGUUUAGUUGCGUAGUUCGCCUGAUGAUGUUGAUGUUUUAGUUGUAACUAGUCUGGCCGUAAAUACUGUUACAUCAAAACUUUUUUUUUCAACUUUUUAAUUAUUUUGCAUUUGAAACACGUAGGUAUAUUAUUUUAAAAACUUCUUUCAAUUUUGCACCAUUUCACAUAUUUUCUCGUGUUCAUUAUCAUAUUACAAUAUGGCAUGGGGUGUUAAAGAAAAUAGGAUUGCAGUGAUCGCCUUGCAGAAAGUGGGUAUGGAGCCGUCGGUCAUAUUCCAGACACUUCAAAAGCUUGGUAUCAGCCGUAUGCUCGUAUAUCGUACUAUCAACAGAUACAGUAACACUUCGUCUGUUGAAGAUCAGAAAAGAUUGGGACGGCCGCGUGCUGUUAGAACUAUAAAGGCUGCUAUUGCUGUUCAAGCCAGAAUUCGUCGAAAACCCAUUAGAUAAAGUGUACGCUCACAGUUCUAAAGAAGCUGCUCAAGUGGUCGGAAAGGUACAACGUGGUCAUCAUCCUGCGUUAGUAAUGGUUUGGUGGGGCGUGUGUUAUCAAGGAGUCACAACUACAUUUUUUAGAAAAAAGUUUUUUUUUUUAUUGCUUCGAUGGGUGGACGAGUUCACAGCCCACCUGGUGUUAAGUGGUUACUGGAGCCCAUAGACAUUCACAAAAUAAAUGCGCCACCCAUCAAAAAGUGUGAAUACUUCAGUCAAACUAUAUCAAGAUACAGUCUUGGAUCAUGUUGUGAAACCUCUCAGCAAUACACUUUUUAAAAAUAUACCGUGGAAUUUCCAGCAGGACUCUGCACCUGGUCACACGGCAUCAACUACCCAAGCCUGGCUCGAAACCAACGUUCCGUACUUUAUAAGAGCUGAAGACUGGCCUCCAUCUAGCCCAGACCUCAACCCUCUAGCCAUUAAAUUAUGGUCAGUUUCAGAGGACAUGGCGUGCUCUAAGCGACACGGCGACAUUGAGUCUCUCAAGGAGCAGGCAGAGGCAAAAUUUCCCUUGGAAACAGUGCGUAAAUCCAUAGAUUCGUGGACAAACAUAUUAAAGGCGUGUAUAAAAGCCAAAGGUGGCCAUUUCGAAUAGAUUUUUCUUUUAUUUUGGUGAGGUUUUCAUUGAUGUGUGGGUAUAAAAUUUUAUAAUAUUACAAUACUUCAUUAAAAAAAAGGAUUUUCAUUUCGUUCAACUCGUAACUCUCUCUAUAUAUAUAUAUAGAGAGAGAGUUACGAGUUAAAGAGUUACGGGAUUUAUAUAUAUAUAUAUCUAGCACUAUAGUGCGGGUGAUAGACAAACAAGACAAACAGGUUAGAAACAGUGGCGCAACGGUAUCGUGGUAGAUAUUCUUGAGAACAAAAUAUUAGUUAGGGGCAUCGGUGCCGGCUACACGACACUCCGCGUGGUUGGAAGGUGACACAAUGUCAAAUAGAACUUACGAUUUUGCAGAUAACUACACUUUAGAAAGUAAAACAUUAUUAAAUCAAUUAUUAUUGUUGAAUCGAGAGCUGUGUGUGUGUGAAUGAACUCACCAUUAUAGAAUUAGUAAUAACGAAAUAGAUUAUGAUCAAUACUUUUACAAAUGACGUCAUUAACAUCGUUGUGACCUGAAAUAUGAGAGCCGUGAUGAAUAAUAUAGUUUCACGGAAACGCGUCAAGCCAAUACAUAAAGCGUAUGCUGAUGAAUCACCACUAUGGCAGAAUGAGGUCUAGUAGAGUCUAACGCUUCCAGCAAAUAUCUGUAGUGCUCUGCAAACUGCUCUAGGAACUGAUACUUCUGCUGAUUUGAUAUCUCCGACUGCAUCGUCUUCUCUAGCAAACGUUUCAAGAAGUUCAUUCUCAAACGAAGCACAUCGAGGACGACAAGGGUCGUACACCGAGACGCUCCCCUCGUCCCGGACGUCAUGGACAAAACCACGAUCUGGAGUGGCGUCCAAACGGGCAUACCGCUGAUUUUAUAAGAACAUGAAACUCCCAGAAAUAAGGCCAAAUGUUCGAAUGGAAACAAGCAAAUAGCGACGCGACUGCCACCGAGUCACCACCGAGCCCGACCCACCGGCGUUGUCCAGAUCUUUAAUAGCCUAUUUCAUAAAAUAUUUCUCUUCUGAAACCAAUGAAGUGAAAAUUUGGAUGGAUAGUUCAGCUGCCACGACAGACGACAGCAAAGGUACAGAUCUCGGGAGCCGAAGCGAUCACGAACAUGUUCACGAUAGCGGAAAUGCAAUAGAUGUAAUAAAUAACGCAAUACAUCUUUAAUACAACCGAACAAAAUCUACAUUUAACCUUGUAAUAGAGGCCAAAACACAAUCUAAUCAUCAUAAUUAUUUUGACAACAGGAAACAUUUUAUAAAGUUAAAACUUAUUCAGAGUCACCGUUAUGGGUGAAGUACAUAUUAUGCUCUUUAAUUUAUUUCAUUCCCCUCGUCCGCGCUGACGCGAGCGUGGAUCGAUAUACUAAGUAAUUGCUUGAGGAUUACAACCGGGGUGCAUCAUGUUGACGAUGCGCGUUGUAUUGGUGCAGAAGUGAUCACGUGACGGUUACGUGACGGUUACGUGACGCCGUACACGCUCAGCGUGGGAAUCGUUAAGACUAUGGAGGCGCGCGGUUGUUACACGCGCGUUCUCACACGACAUCAGGUGACGUUCGCUCCAUAAUACACGAAUUGAAUAGCCUUUUUAUUCAGAUCCAUAUUACAAAUAUAUGAUUAAACGAUGUAAACUUUAA